AUGGCAACCUCAGACGCGGGCAAGGAGAAGAUGAUCAUGCUCCAGUCGUCCGACGGAGAGGAGUUUCGGGUGGAGGAGGUGGUCACCAUGGAGUCGCAGACCAUCCGCCACAUGAUUGAGGAUGAUUGCGCUGAUAAAGCCAUCCCGAUACCCAACAUCAACUCCGAGAUCCUCUCCAAGGUCAUCGAGUACUGCAACAAACAUGUCACGGCCAAGCCAGGCAACGUCUCCACUGUAUCCCCCGGUGCCUCUGCGUCUAACACCGUGGCUCCCGCCACCAUAGCUGAGGACCUCAAGAUCUGGGACGCAGAAUUCAUCAAGAUCAACCAUGCCACCCUCUUCGACCUCAUCCAAGUUGCAAGAUACCUCAAGAUCAAGGGUCUGUUGGACCUGACUUGCCAGACUAUUGCCGACAUGAUUAGUGGCAAAACUAUGGAGGAGAUCCGUAAUUUCUUCAAUAUUAAGAGCGACUACUUGCCAAAGGAGGAGGAGAAGAUCUGCAGGGAGAACCAGUGGACGUUUCAGUAG